UUUUUUUUCAAAGAAUCCCUCCAUUUCGUUGUUCAUUUCAUUUUCUCUCCUUCCCUGCACAGGAAAGAAAACCAACAACAACCAAAUUUCAAAAAUCUCUCAAUCUCUCUGCACCACUGCUCUGAGUGGAAGGAGCUCGGCGUUUCUUUAUCUAAGCAUAUUCUAUUUGAGAUUGUACCAAAAAAUGGACUUCUGGAAGUGUGCAUCUUCUAUUAGUAAGGCACCUUUAAGUACUUCUAAUAAUGCGGUGGAGAAGUCCCAGAUUGAACAACAACAGAGGACUGAUGUAGAUGUAGACCUUAGAGAAGUUUACUUCCUGAUUUUGCUUUUUCUUUCUUCUGGGCCUUGCCAAAAGAGUUUUGGACACUUUUGGAAUGAGCUUUUAGAGCAUGAGCUUCUACCUAGAAGAUAUCAUGCAUGGUUUUCAAGAAGUGGUGCAUGUAGCGGAAAUGAUGAUGAUGAUGGUGUCUCUCUUCCAUUGAGUUAUAAUAAAUUGGUGGACAGGUAUCCUCAUAUUGAGAAGGAUCAUUUGGUGAAGCUUCUGAAGCAACUGCUACAGCAUAUAGCCCCUCCUGUGCCUGACAAGCCUGGAGUACAUCCUCCAAAUGCAGCUGAUGUUCCUACUUUACUGGGAUCUGGCUCCUUUUCGCUUCUGGAUUGUUUUAGGAGUAUGAAUAAGCAAGCUAAGUCUCCGCCUGUGCACCUGCGUUGGCCUCAUAUGCAGGCUGAUCAGGUGCAUGGUUUAGGUUUAAGGGAGAUUGGUGGAGGUUUUACAAAGCACCAUCGUGCUUCAUCCAUUCGCUCUGCAUGCUAUGCUAUUGCUAAGCCAUUGACCAUGGUGCAAAAGAUGCAAAACAUAAAGAAGUUGAGGGGACAUCGUGAUGCAGUCUAUUGUGCUAUAUUUGAUCGCUUAGGUAGGUAUGUGAUUACUGGCUCGGAUGAUCGUCUCGUCAAGAUUUGGUCCAUGGAAACUGCAUUUUGCUUAGCAAGCUGCCGAGGGCAUGAAGGUGACAUUACUGACUUGGCUGUAAGUUCAAACAAUGCUUUAGUGGCUUCUGCUUCUAAUGAUUUCGUCAUCCGAGUAUGGCGCUUGCCUGAUGGGUUGCCAAUAUCAGUAUUGCGAGGGCACACUGGAGCUGUUACUGCCAUUGCAUUUAGUCCCAGGCCUAGCUCUGUCUACCAACUUUUAUCGUCAUCGGAUGAUGGAACUUGUCGAAUCUGGGAUGCUAGAUAUUCCCAGUGCAGUCCACGAAUUUAUGUGCCAAAACCUUCCGAUGCUAUUUCUGGUAAGAACAAUGGUCCAUUUAGUAAUGGAUCCUCCUCAAGCAAUGGUUCACAGAGCAAUCAGAUAUUAUGUUGUGCUUACAAUGCCAAUGGAACUGUCUUUGUGACUGGUAGCUCUGAUACUUAUGCAAGGGUUUGGAGUGCCUUUAAAUCUACUACAGAUGAGUCAGAACAACCAAUUCAUGAGAUGGAUGUAUUAUCUGGGCAUGAAAAUGAUGUCAAUUAUGUUCAGUUCAGUGGCUGUGCUGUGGCUUCAAGAUCUUCAUUGUCUGACACUUUGAAGGAGGAGAAUGUUCCCAAAUUCAAAAAUUCCUGGUUCUGUCAUGAUAACAUAGUCACUUGUUCUCGUGAUGGUAGCGCAAUUAUAUGGAGUCCUAGAUCGCGCAGAUCCCAUGGAAAAUGUGGACGUUGGACUAAGUCAUAUCAUCUGAAAGUUCCACCGCCCCCAUUGCCUCCUCAACCUUCCCGAGGAGGUCCGCGUCAAAGGAUUCUUCCUACUCCUCGUGGUGUUAAUAUGAUUGUGUGGAGCUUGGAUAAUCGCUUUGUGCUUGCAGCUAUAAUGGAUUGCAGAAUAUGUGUUUGGAAUGCUGCUGAUAGUAGCUUGGUACAUUCUUUGACUGGUCACACUGCAUCUUCUUAUGUUUUAGAUGUUCAUCCUUUCAACCCUCGGAUAGCUAUGAGUGCUGGAUAUGACGGAAGAACAAUAGUCUGGGAUAUAUGGGAGGGCAUUCCUAUUCGCACAUAUGAAAUUGGACUAGGACGUUUCAAGUUGGUUGAUGGGAAGUUUUCGCCGGAUGGAACAUCAAUAGUUCUUUCAGAUGAUGUUGGCCAGAUACAUUUACUGAACACAGGCCAAGGGGAGUCCCAGAAGGAUGCCAAAUAUGAUCAGUUCUUCCUUGGGGACUAUCGGCCCCUUAUCCGGGAUUCUGCUGGAAAUGUUCUUGAUCAGGAGACACAGCUCCCUCCACAUCGAAGGAACAUUCAAGAUCCUAUUUGUGAUUCCAGUAUGAUUCCAUACCCGGAACCUUAUCAGACCAUGUUCCAGAAACGUCGACUCGGUGCACUUGGUAUUGAAUGGCAUCCUCCAUCCAUAAAAUUUGCUGUUGGUAUAGAUUUCAAUUUGGGCCUGGAUUAUCAAAUGCCUCCUUUGGAAGAUUUGGAUAGAAUGAUUGAGCCACUACCAGAGUUCAUAGAUGCCAUUUACUGGGAGCCUGAAAAUGAAGUCAUAAGUGAUGAUGCUGACUCGGAGUAUAAUGUUGCAGAGGAAUGCACCAGUGAAGGAGAACAAGGUAGCAUGUGUUACAGCUCUGCCAUUGAUCCAGAUUGUAGUAUGGAGGACAGUGACAUUGAACAUAGUCAGAAAGAUGGCCCUCGCAGGUCAAGAAGAACAAAACAAAGAAUUGAAGUGGUCGAGUCCUUUGGGAGGCAUGUCAAGAAGAGGAAUUUGAAUGAGCGUGAUGGCCUGAUAUCUGGAAGUAAUGGAGCUAAGAAAUUAAAAAAUGGCCGGAAAGUCUCUAAGGGAAAGUCUUCCAAGGCAAAGUCAUCCAGACCUCAGCGUAUUGCAGCACGCAAUGCUCUAAAUAUGUUCUCCAGAAUUACUGGAACAUCUACAGAUGAAGAUGUUGAAGACGAGUCGGAAGAUGAUACAUCCAGCAGUGAAUCAGGGCUGCAAGAAUCAAACAUUCAAAGAAAAAUAUCUGAUAAAUACUUGCAGAAUAUGCAAGAUAAAUAUACAAAAGAAGAAAAUAUAGUCAAACCUCAGGAACUCCCUGAUUCUCAACCAAAUGCUGGAAAUAGGAAGAAAUUAGUCUUGAAGCUUUCACUUCGGGGUUCUAAGAAACCUGUGUCUCCAGAAGACAGAAUGCUCAAUGUCAAGAGACAGGUUAAUCAUAUGAAUCUGGGUCCCAGGCCUCUUCCAGAAACUGAAAUCAAUUUAAGCUCCAAAGAUCCAGGGUCAUCUUCCUCACAUUGGUUUGAUGUGGAUCUGUCCCAAAAUCAGAAUAAUCAUGUCACUGGUAUAGGUAAUCCUGAAAAGGUUGAGGAUGACAUGGAGGGAUCUUCACAUGACAAUGGAAGCAAAAUCAGAUGGGGAGAGAUCAAAAUCUGUACUUCCAAGAAUUCAAGAUCAGGAGAUGCAAUGCCAGGUAAUGCAUCCACUGGAGUCAAUACUAGUUAUGAUGCACACAAGGAGAGAAGGAUUGAUGUUAAUGGGGAUGAGGAACUGUUUGAAGUGGAUCAAGAUGGUGCAAGAAUUGAAGAGCCUGUUCCUUCAGGUGUAAUACAAAGUUCUUUGGCAUUUGUGUCAUCUUCACUAGGCGAACAUCAAUCAAAAUGUGGUGCUUCUGCCAGCAAUUGUGAUGAAGCUUCUGAUGAGGGAGACAAAGACUGCAGUAAUCUUGAUUCAGUGGAAGCAAGAGAAUGUGCUGGUGUAAACCUUUGUGAGGGACUGAAAGAGAACCCUCUUCCUAAGUUAACAAAAAUAAAAAUGAGAACUAAAGGGACUUUGGGGGAUUUACGGACUCCUUCCAAAAUUAAGUUUAUGAGAGCUGUGGAUGAUUUGCAUCAAGAUGCAGUUGAUAUAAUGUCUGAAGGUCCCUCAGAGCAAAAUCAACUCUUAGGAGUACCAGGAAAAGGUGAAGGUUCUGUUAGAUCAGUUUCUUUAUACAAUGUUCAUGAAAGGGAAAAGUCACAUAAGAGCAUUGCUGAUUUAGAACAUUUAGAUUAUCUUGUGGAAGAAGAUGUGUCAGAUGCAAUGCAUAGAACAAGAUCAAUGAAGAUGAAGGCAACUUCUUGGCAGCAAAAUGAUGUGAACCAUAAUUUAAGGUUCAGAUUGGGUCAUGAAUUGGUGGGAGCAUCAAAUAAUGAUGGUAUUGAGCUCCAAUCUGAAGAAAGGUUGAUGAAUUCAAGAAUUGCAGUAAGAUCAAGGUCUGCUAGAAACAGGCGAGGUGAUAAUUGCUCAAGUUCUUUGAUUUCUAGGAAACCAAGUCAACCUGCAAGGAAAUUGUCAUGGCUGAUCUUGUCAAAACAUGAGGAAGAUUAUCGUUAUAUCCCUCAGCUAGGCGAUGAAGUUGUGUAUUUGAGACAGGGCCAUCAAGAAUAUAUUGAAUCAACAAACUCAUCAGAAAUAGGUCCUUGGAAUUUUAUUAAGGGAUACCUUGGUGCCGUGGAAAUUUGUAAGGUUGAAAGCCUGAAUUAUGCCCCAGCUGCUGGUUCUGGGGAUAGCUGUUGUAAAGUUAUACUCAGAUUUAUAGAUCCUUCAUCUGGUGUAUUUGGUAAAGCAUUCAAAUUGACCCUGCCUGAACUGAUCAAUUUUCCCGAUUUUGUUGUUGAGAAAACAAGGUAUGAUGCUGCUGUCAGUAGAAAUUGGACCCAUAGGGAUAAAUGCCAGGUGUGGUGGAAGAAUGAGAAUGGGGAAGGUGGGAGUUGGUGGGAGGGUAGAAUUCUUUCUUUAGAGGCGAAAUCUGAUGAAUUUCCUGAUAGCCCUUGGGAGAGAUACUUAAUUCGAUACAAGGCUGACCCGCUUGAAAACCAUCGACACAGUGCUUGGGAACUGCAUGAUCCUGGGACGAAAUGGGAGCACCCUCAUAUUGAUGUCAAAAUUAGUAAUAAGCUACUAUUUUCUUUUGAUAAAUUAGAGGAGUCAGCGAGCACAAAUCAGGAUAUUUAUGGAAUUGAAAAAUUGAAUGAAGCUUCUCAGAAGUUGGAUUUCUUUAACAGGUUUCCAGUUCCUCUGUGUCCCGAAAUUAUCCGAUCAAGGUUAGAAAACAACUAUUACCGUAGCAUAGAAGCAGUGAAGCAUGAUGUACAUGUGAUGAUGGAAAAUGCACAAUCUUAUUUUGCCAAAAAUGCUGUGCUAUCACACAAGAUGAAGCGUCUAUCAGAAUGGUUUUCAAAGAAACUGUCAAAACUGUGAGAUAUUUCUCCUUAUUUAUUUCAAACUGCACCUUCUUGCUCAUUGUUCCAAUUUUUGUAAAUCGAAUCCUUCAUAGCUGAUGAUAAAACAUCGGUACACCUGACGAAAGGGAAGUGUUGCACUCCAUUUUGUCAAAAUGGGAGGGUUAAUGGAUUGAUGAGUUACUCUCAUUGUAUAGCCUCACAAAUAGAAAAGAAAAUUGCUGUUCAAUUUUGGUUUUUAGCAAAAAUGUCGCUGGUGAACUGAUUUCAGGUUAAUUUAGUUUGCAAAAUAAGUUGAUAUUAUGUUAAACUCAAA